AUGCCAAUAUAUACCCUGGCAGAUCAGAAUGCCGCUCAACCGAUAUCUCGUAUGAUGUCGCUUCCUGAGCUCUUAUCCGCCGUCGUGCACCACGCGCUGGACGUCUACCCACCCGAACUCGUACGCAAACGGAAGGGAGCGCCAGAAAGCUCGCUUGAGAGAGUUCGCAGACUCGGCGCCGCCGUCAUCAUCUCCCAUGUCUGUUCUGCAUGGAGAACGCGCUGCAUCGCCACACCUACGGUGUGGGCGCGUCAGAUCGGUCUAGUACCGCCCGCCACCGAAGAGUUCUUAGCUCGCUCCGGCGAAGCUCUGGUUGACAUAUACUGGCGUUCCUCGACUAAUCCUGGAGAGUGGCCGGCCGGCGCUGUCAUUGCGCCUAUGCGCUUGAGACAUCUCUUCUGGGAAUGCUUGAUGACGACGAUGGGACCAUCUAACCAGGAUAUCCUCUUCCUUCAAAGAGCAUUUUCCGGGAGACUCUCAAAUCUCGUCACCCUCGGACUAUGCAGGGUCGAUCUGGACGCCAUCGGCUCUGCGUUUGAUGGCGCGAACCCAAUUAACCUGCCGCAUCUCGUGCAUCUCAGUCUGACCGAUCUGUUUGCAACCGCACGCGCGGUGUUCAACGCCCCUCAGCUACAUACAUUUGCAAUCACCCUAUCAAAAGUCACUCUCACAAGCAUUUUCGUCACGCUGAGGUCCACUGCUCUACUUGAAAGAUUGACUGUCAACCGUUGUACAGUUAUCUCCGGCGAUGAGGAGGAAUACCUCGGCAAUGAUGGCGUCGAGCUUCGACAUCUUCGAAAUAUGACUGUAGUGUUCGGAUACGAUGAUGGUCUUGGGGAGAACACUCUCUACAUAAUGCUUGCCUCGAUACAAGCAACCCCUCAAGUCUAUCGAGUCGCCUUGGAUGGGGUGUGGACAAACCGCCUUCUCUCUGUGUGCCUUCGUGCAACAUUUGAACACGAUGCCCCCGCCAUUUUGACUAUCGAAGAACGAAUACUCUUCUACUCCCGUGUGGGAGAUGAGCGUACCCAUCUCCCGCCAGAACUUGACGAAGAAGGCAUCCGAGCUAGCCUUGCUUACCCAUCCCUUCCAUGGUUCGCCAGAACGCUCCCGGCGCUUGGGAUGCGCGCAUUUCUCUCCAAUAUCACAGUACUCGCCAUGAUGACCAUCUGUGCCGCGUACCUGUAUCACGAUACUGAACAUCUGCGCUCUGUCAUGAGCGCCUUGCCCAAUGUAGAGACCUAUUGGGUUCUCAAUUCGUCGUUCGGUCAACAUCGGGACAACGAUUACGAUGACCAGGACGCCUUUAGCUUCUUUAUUGGCGGGCUGGCCUUUGGUCUCGCCGCGAACGAGGAUGAGCACACUCCAUUCCCUCGCCUUCGCACCGUUGGAGUGUGCGCUGUCUCGGGUGGCGACGACUCUUGGCUGUUCAAGACCCUCUCCCAGGUUCUCGCGAGCCGCGACGCCGCGGGAGUGCCGCAUUUAGAGGGCCUAUCUUUUCCUUUCAUGUCACGACCUCCAGAUGAUGUCGAGGAUCAGUCUGUGACACAUCUUACUUCACUGGUACAAGUCUAUUGGAGCGAUUCCAGGGAUGAUGUGAGCGCUGUAGUACCGUGA